AUGUCACUAACAUGUCAUCUCGCCUAUGCCACACACACUAGUCUUCCCCACACUCUCCCACCCGAUACUUCUCUCGGCUUCCAAACCACCUCUGCAAACAUCUCCAACCACCCGAGUCCACGUUACACAGCAGCACCAAUCGCAGCUGCUCGUGAAUGUUAUAUAAGGCAGACUGGCAAGCAUUGGAAUCAGCUUGUGCAACUAGCAACGAUGAAGACUUGUCUCGCAUUCCUCCUGCUAUCACUCAUCUACUUGGCCCUCGUGGAAAACGCGGCACCUGCUGCAGGUGAAACAGUAACUCCACUUUUUGUGAUGGAUGGUCCAACAAGAUCAACUAAGCCAAGUUCCGACUCCAAGAAUCCCCAGUCGACAACCUCCACUGCAGCCUCCAUCUCGCCCUUCUUCCACACCUGUCUUUCCACACUCUUUCUUCUUCUGCCUCAAUACAUCUGA